UGGGUAGGAGCUAAGCAGCAUGAGUUGCAGGUAAACUCUAUGCAGUUGCUGUACUAUCAGGCACCAAUGUCCUCGGCUAUGUUGUUGUUCAUCAUACCCUUCUUUGAGCCAGUCUUUGGAGAAGGGGGAAUAUUUGGGCCCUGGACGCUUUCUGCUGUGAUAAUGGUAUUGCUAUCUGGAAUAAUAGCCUUUAUGGUAAACUUGUCCAUUUACUGGAUCAUUGGAAAUACGUCACCUGUCACGUAUAACAUGUUUGGACAUUUCAAGUUCUGCAUCACCCUCCUGGGAGGAUGCCUCUUAUUUAAGGAUCCACUGUCUGUUAAUCAAGGCCUUGGGAUUCUGUGCACAUUGUUUGGCAUUUUAGCUUACACCCAUUUCAAGCUUAGCGAGCAGGAAAGCAGUAAGAGUAAAUUGGUUCAGCGUCCAUAGAGCAAGGGUUUCUGGAAAUUAAUAAUACUGUGAAGGAAAACAAGUAUUUAAAUAUGCGUUGAUUCCAGAAUGCACAAAAUUGCCUCGUUCAUUUAGAUCUAUGGUUUUCGUUUAACUUCCGGGAUCAUUAUUCCGUAACUAAACCAAACAAACUGAAUUAUGUUAAAUGCUGGGGUUUUGCCAUCUCAGUACAUUCUGUCAUUUUCAUUAAGUUUAAAUGGUAAC